UGAUACUUGGGAGGGAUAUGGAGGAACAGAUACUCUCUAGGCUUCCAGCUCGAUCUCUUGUUCGGUUCAGGACUGUAUGUAAACAUUGGAACGGUCUUCACAACGACAAGAGUUUCCUCGACAACCAAUUGUCUCGCUCCCGUCCUCAAUUCAUCUUCCUGUCCGAAUCCAAGAUUUAUUCGAUACACAUCGAUCUUGGCGGCGUUGAUCCAACGGUAGAGUUUUGUGAGCUAGCCUCUGAAUUUCCUUGCCAGCCUCUGAAUUUGAAUUUGAGAUAUACCACAAUCACGGCUUGCGACGGGUAAUUGUUUCGCGACUUUUGGAAGCAAGGUGUUAAUUUGGAAUCCGUGGUUGGGACAGGUUGGAUGGAUCGAUUACGCGGAUAAAAAAUUCGAUUUUUGCGGUGUAGGAUACGAUACUAGUAGACCCGAGAAGGGUUACAAGAUCUUGAGGUAUAUUACUCGUUUCCGUAGAGUCUGCCACAAUGUACAGACAACUUACGAAACAGUUGUUAUUUUAGAGUGCUCGUCUCAUGCGUUGAGAUCUCUUGAUGCCCCUUUCAAGCAGUGGCCCACCAUGGAUCCUUUGUCCUUAAACGGGAAUCUCUAUUGGGUUACUCAGGAUCGUGACACUGAAGAAUAUUUCAUACGAAGCUUUGAUUUCUCCAGGGAGAUAUUCAAACCCAUUUGUCUUCUUCCGUGUCAGAGGUUUAACUGGUUAUUCAAUCAACUUGUACUCGCGGUUUUCGAGGGAGAUCGGUUUUCCUUGUUAAAGCAAUGCUAUGAAACAGGGAAGAUCGAGGUUUGGGUAACUAAGAAGAAGAUAGAUGAUGAUGAUGAUAAUGGAGAGCAAGUGGUGUGGAUAAGCUUGAUGACUUUGCCAACAACUAACUUGCCAAAGUUGUUGUUUAGUGACGUUCGUUACUUCAUCUCUGACAAGACCCUAAUCAUGUGUUGUGGCGACGACCAAACUCUAGCGGCUUGCAUCUAUUUUGUGAGGGAAGAUUUGUUCAAGAAAAUUCAAAUAGAUUCUGGGAUUGUUCUCUUUUCUCACUGUGUCUACCUUCCAAAUUUUAUCCCGGUUCCUUUAGAAUUUAGAUCGCCGCAAGUUUAAAUUUUUGGAUUUUUUUUUUCUUGUCUUAUUAACCCAUACUUGUGUCCUCCUCCCUUUCCAGAAGAUUUGCUGCUCUCUCUCAUUGUUGUUGGAGCAGAGGAUACAAAACUUUCCCCUUCUUCUAU